AUGGUGCCUCUCUCUACCAAGAGUGCCUUGGAUAAAUUGAUCCAUGCUUCGAGAGCAGUCCAGCGUCGGAAUGGCGUGAAAGAUACAGAAGCCAAGCGAAUCAAAGAAGCUGUCCGUCUACUCAGGGAAGGCUACCCGCCAGACGACGCUAUAGGGGCAAAGCGGCAAUCGAUCUACCUCGACUUCCUUCGAAAAGUCUUGGAGGAGAACGGUCGGCCGAUGGUCAUUCUCUGUGCAGUUGGCCUGGGACUCUCCGCGAUUGCAGUAGCAAAGGAGAGCGUACGGCUUGAUCUGCCGUAUGAGAUUUCAGAACACGCUAGCCUCGACAACCCUGUGCUUCAUCGACUCGCACAUCUGCAUUUCAGUUCCGCCCUCCACCCAGAGUCAUUUGGUUCUGCGACAGAUCAAGAAAGGGAACAAGAGAGCUCACAGCAGACCUCCAGUAUGAUGUCCAAAAUCCACACCAAAUUGUCAUACUAA